AUGUCCACCCCCCUAGUCUGGCUCAUCACAGGAGCCACAGCCGGCUUCGGCCUCGAACUGGCCAAAGUCGCCGCCGAGCGCGGCGACCGCGUCAUCGGCACCUCGCGGAACCCGUCCUCCGCCGCCGCCAUACCCGGAGUCACGCUCGCGCGCCUCAACCACAACGAGUCGCUGGACUGCGUGAAAAAAGACAUCGACGCGAUCUUCGCGACCCACGGCCCCAUCGACAUCAUCGUUAAUAACGCGGCGUACGUGCAGACGGGAACAGUGGAGGAGCUGACGCCCGAGGAGACGAUGCGCCAGUUCCAGGCGAAUGUGUUUGGGCCGGUGAAUGUGUACCGUGCUGUUUUGCCGCACUUACGGGCGAGGGAGGUAAGUGAGAAAGAAGUGGAGGAGGGGAGGUUUGGGAGGGGAGCGUUGGUGACGGUGGGGUCGAUAGCGGCGUGGUUUAGGAUGGACAGCGCGGCGGCGUAUAACGCGGCGAAAGCGGCGCUGCGGCAGAUGACGAUCGGGCUGGCGGCGGAGGUGGCGCAGUUCGGGGUGCGGCAUACGCUGCUUGAGCCUGGGUUCUACCGCACGGAGUUAUUGAAGCCUGGGGCGAAUUUUGGGAGUACGGUUGGUGGGACGAGGAUCGAGGCGUAUAGGGAGAUGAAUGAACGGAUGGAUGAGGCGUUUAGGUGGUUUCAUAAGAAUCAGCUUGGGGAUACGAGGAGGGGGUGUGAGCUUAUUUAUGAGAUUGUUACGGGAACGGGGGUUGCGGAGGGGAGGAAGUUGCCGGAGAUGGUGCCGCUGGGAGGGGAUGCGGUUACGGAGAUUAGGAGGUGUGCCGGGAGGGCGCUGGACGCGGUUGAUGAGUGGGAGGAUGUGGCGAGGUUGAGUGAUAUUCCCGGGGCGGCUACGGGGUGGACUAGUUGA